GAAUGUAUAAACGCACAUGCAUAUAUAAACGCACACUCACCAACGCAAACACACGAAUGCACACCCACACACAUACUCCUCACACUCACACUCACACUCACACACACACUCACCUAGGUAUGCAUUCCCCCACGCAUAUACUACGAUCAAACAGCCACACAUGGAUUAUCCUUGUAUGACCCAAAAAGGUCAUAAUCCGGCCCUGCACACACCCAAGAGCUCGUGUGACUUAACACACACACUCAUGCGUUACGUAGCAACAUCGAAGUACGAAAACCUUCCAUAGUUACCCAUGCAUUGUCAAGAAAGAAAACGGGAAGUUUCUUAGUAUCCAUAACAAAGACUCGAGCGGCAGCCUCAGCCAGCUCCUUUGACUUGAGAGUCGACAAAGAUUUAUCGCCAUGGCUUCAUAUUGCGAGGAAAACCUAACAAGGGAAGAAGCUAAAGGAUUUAUAAGGAAUAUCCUGUGUGAAGAGAUUCCAACAUCCUUGGAUUUGCUUUGGAUUAAUAAGAUUAUCCAAGCUUUCCAUAGAAGAAUACCUUAUCAGAAUGUAACACUGCUAAGCCAAAGUGCAGAGUAUCGUGUCCCCUCCUGGCGAGAUAUAUGCAAAGACAUUAUUAAGGAUGGAAAAGGAGGUCUUUGUUUAUCACUUAACAUUGCUUUAGCAGCUGUCUUGAGGGCUUUUGGCAUCAGGGCAUACACAGCAGCAGCUGAUUAUGUGGCAACAAGAGGGAGAGGUGUUCAUGUUGUGGUCAUAAUAGACUUCAACAGUAUGACUAGACUCUAUUCCGGACGGUUGAGAAGUAGCAUGAGCAACACCAGAAGACAUGAUGCUCCUGAAGUUGGUAUGCACACUAACCAGACUUUCCCUUAUAAGGGAGGAGCCAACACUCAUUAUGAAGAGGAAAGAACACAGACAUCACCACAGAAGAAUAAGCUAGAGACAUGCCUCUCACAUGACAGUGACUCUUCACAUGUGACAGAGGAAGAGAAUGGUUUAUAUCUUGCUGAUGUUGGAUGUGGUUUCCCCACUCUGACGGCAGUGAACCUCAAAAAGGACGUUGGCAAAGUUUUCAUGGAAUGUUGCCUUGAAUAUCGUUUGGUGAAGAAAGGCCGACAGUUUAUCAGGAUGCAUCGCACUGGAGAUUGUAUCCCAGAAGGAGAAGAGGUAAUGAGUAGCAAAAGAUCAUUUUAAAACUCAUUGAUAUCUUUGUGUGUGCUUUCCUUUAUUCAGUCUGUGAGUUGAAUAUCAUUUUAUGAUGUUCAGAGUAGGAAUAAUGAUGGGAUGCACAUAUUGUGUUAUUCAGUUUGAAGACAGUAUUUCUCAAUCAUUGUGGUUUAUUUGUGAGUUUGUCUUAAUUUUCUCAUUUUGGUAGGUGGUUGAGAUAAAAGUCAUUUUGAUGCAGAUAACUAAUUUAUAAAAGUAAUGUCAAAACUAGCUGUGUGAGCAUUCCAGAAUAGAUUAUUGACCUCAUGGCUCAUAUAUUGAAGGCUUGCUCAUACUUAGUCAUUACUAGAGUAUAGCAGCAAAUUUUAUUUACCAAGUGUCAUUCUCUCUCACAGGGCAAUGUGAACUCAGAAGGUUGGCGUCCUGUUUUUUCUUUCAACCUUACUCCUCGUGACUUGAGUUUUUUUAAGCAUUCUAUGAAACUAAUAUAUGUUGAUAAGGAGACAUCUCCAUAUUUUGGUGAAUUACAUGCCAUUUG